GUCAGACAAGUCAAACAUAAAUGCUCACCCCCACUUUCUCCCUUCUCCCUUCUCCUUCCUCUCCCAGCUCCUCUCGGACACCACGUCCCUCUUCCUCUUGCUGGGUUGUGGCUCCCUGGCGGCUGGCGCUCCAAACUACAAAGCACACGCUCCGCACGAGCAGAGUUGGAACAAAUUCCUCAACGACCUUGUCCUGGAACCCAGUUCUUCGCAUCCGGUGCCUAGCUUCUCCCUAGCUUGCUGCUCCGCAAGUGACACGGGAUCGAGUUCUUGGAAGCGGAUUCGGCGCCCUCGUGGCUACCGGCGCGCGCGAGUGCGGUAAAGGACUAAAGGCGCGCUCUUUUCCACGGAGGGGAGACAGUAGUUGCGACUGGAGGCGGCGGCGAGAGGGAGCAUGGGCGCGGGCGCGUCGGACCUGGGCGGGGUGGAGCCCGGCGGCAAGGUCGCGCGCGCCGGGCUGGGCGACCUCCCGGAGCUGUGCGCCGCGGAGGUGCUGCUCCGCCUCGGCGCGCCGGACAUCUGCCGGCUCGCGCGGCUCAACCGCGAGUUCCGCGGCGCCGCGGCCGCGGACUUCGUGUGGGAGGCGAAGCUGCCCGGGAACUACGGCCGUCUCCUGCGCUUCGUCGAUGACGCCGAGGAGGGAGGGAGUGGCCGGGAUUGGAGCGCGGUGGGGAAGAAGGACGUCUUUGCGAGGCUCGCCAAGCCUGUGCCGUUUGAUGGUGGCAAAAGGGAAUUCUGGUUGGAGAAGAGUAAAGGUGGGAUUUGCAUGGCGUUGUCGUCGAAAGCGCUGGUCAUAACAGGGAUCGAUGAUAGAAGAUACUGGAUUAACAUGCCAACCACUGAAUCUAGGUUCCACUCCAUUGCAUAUCUCCAGCAAAUCUGGUGGUUUGAGGUGGUUGGAGAGGUCGAUUUCUGCUUCCCUGCAGGGACCUACAGCCUGUACUUCAGGCUCCAUCUUGGCAAGUCUUCAACACGUUUUGGCCGCCGUAUUUGUAGCUCGGAGCAAGUCCAUGGCUGGGACAAGAAGCCUGUACGGUUACAGUUCUCCACAUCGGAUGGCCAGCACGCCGUGUCCCAGUGUUACUUAGAUGAGCCUGGAAGCUGGAUCUUGUACCACGUCGGCGAUUUUGUUGCAUCAAGCUCUGAAGAAUCAAUCAAGCUGAAAUUUUCACUAGCUCAAAUCGACUGUACUCAUACAAAAGGCGGUCUGUGCGUCGAUUCAGUGCUAAUAUAUCCCAAGGGCUUUGAGCCAGAAAGGGUGAUCAAGGCUCAGAAAUGAGUGUAGACACUUGAUAGAGUCACUGUAUAUUAGAGUUGUCGAGAAAUAUGAGUACCCUACCAGUUUAAAUUGGGCUAAUUGUAUGCUGUGGAAGUAUGUAUACAUAGUACACUGAACUUUUUUUUUUGGGUUUGGUAGCAUCAGUGUGCAUUAGUUUGCCCUUUCUCAUUAUGGUUAUGGCGCUGGUUGUGCCAAGGAACCUGUAUAUAUUGAUUUGAGUUUUUGAGUUCAGUUACCCCUUGUGACCAACACAGUUUCAGUACUUCUCAAUUUCUUUUCA